AUGCAUGCCAUCUUUUCCCAUUUCAAAGGAGCCAAUGCUGUAUUGAUGGAUCACUUCUUUGAACGUGGAUGGUGCCGUGAUCUCGGCGAAAACGUAUGGAGAAGCAGCAAGGAUGGUCGCACAUUUCACAAACGACGUGAAAGCACGGAUGAGAAGAUUGCAUGGAACAUGUUUCUUACGCCACGAUUUGACAUGUUUAUGUAUUUGGCCGACUAUAUGAACAUGCCCGGUGGUACCGGUGAGAUUGCACGUGGAGCGAUUCUUUUUGCAUUGCGAUUAUUGGAUGGUGAUCCUGAGUAUUUGUGCUAUCCGCAUUUGUGUGAAGUUAUGGCUGAACGAUUGGCACUCUCUUUUUUGCCAAACUACCCAAGAAUACCGGUGCCGUUACGAUUUCAGAUAAUGGACGCGUUGUACCAGCACGACCUCCUCGACGUCGCAUCCACUUUUCAUGCCACAAGUAGCUCAACGACCAGUAGUCAUCACGAUCAUCAACAACAACCGAAACAAUCUCUUUCCACCUUUGCACGUUCAUCAACAAGCACCACGCGUGAUGGCCCUACUUCAUCACGACAACCAAGUCUUCUACAACUUGUAUUUAACAAGGGAAGCAGUAACAAUCGAUCCAUUACACCACCAUCUGCUUCCCAGAGUCCACCUGUAACAACGACUACUGGCAGCACUAGCAACAGCCACAACGAACCAACCGUGAAGCUCUAG